UACUGCACCCUUCAUAUAAGCAGCAGUAUAUGACAACAUCAGUUCUUCCUGUCGUCCUGCAGUUCAACAUCUGAUGUCAUAAAGAGGUCGAGGAAGGCUGUGCACCUUGGCAGAGAUUUGAAAUGACAUUGUCAGCGAAAAAAGACAAGAAGAAAGUGACAAGCUACUGUGAUUGGAUGUCGCAGCUACCACCCGAGCUCCACAACAUCCCUCUCUAUGAUCUGGCCAUACCAGGUAGCCAUGACUCAAUGAGUUAUGACUUGGACAUCAACUCCUCUAUAGUAGAACCUGAUAGACUAAGAAGAUUGAGCAAGAUUUAUUGUGUGCGAAAAAUAGUGCGUAAAUGGGCCAUCACUCAGGAGGAGACCAUCACAAGGCAGCUGGAUGCAGGGGUUCGCUACUUCGACCUGAGGAUCGCUCGCAAGGCACACGACCACGACCCCACUCGGCUCUACUUCUAUCACGGGCUGUACACGCGCACGGAUGUUGAGACUCUUUUCGAGACCAUCAGGGACUGGGCCGAGAGGCACCCCAGAGAGAUCCUCAUCCUGGCUCUGUCUCACUUCAAAGGCUUUGACAAGGCGACGAGUGCGCAGCUCCACGGACAUCUCAUCGGCUUCCUCGUGACCUUGUUCGGAGCCAAACUCAUCCACGUCAGGGACGCCCCGACCCUGAGGAGUUGCUGGGACAAAGGCAGAAACGUCAUCGUCUCAUACGAUUAUCCGACAAAUCAGCACAACGAGAUAUGGAGUAAAAUACCGUUUUUCUACGGCGAUACUAUGAACACCACUCACAUAGAAUCCAAACUCCAGCACAUCUUGGAGAAGGAGAGGCCCGUUCAGUAUUUCUUUGUGUGUGGCCUGAACUUGACCCUGCCGGAGGAUGCAAGGACACUCCGGUACAUCCUCCGCCCUUGCGACAACCUCGCCAACGUCAUCCGGAGGGGCCUGCCGAGGCUGCUGCGGUGGGUGAAACUGCAAGCUGCCGAGACGCCUGUGAACAUCGUGGCGUCCGACUUGGUGACCUGCGAUGACUUCGUCCAAACGGUUAUCGAGCUCAAUGCUUUGAAACUCACGAGAAGAUAGGAGGGGAAACAGGUCUUGUUUCGUUCCUAAACUUUUAAAAAUAAUUUUAUUACAUUGCAUUUGCUGUCUGGCUUCACUAACACAACAUUGAUGUAUUGGAAGAAGAAGAAGAAGAAGAAGAAGAAGAAGUUAUUCAAAAUCCCCUUCAUGUUGCAGCUCUGGAUUUUAGUUUGCAUAGUGAGUAGCAUCCCAGGUACCGCACACUCAACUCCACUGCAGCAAGAAAAAUCUAACCAAACGGCCCAAAACUAAAAUACAUCAAAUUAAACAGCAAACAAGAAAUAAAACCUAAAAGACAAAUUAAAUAAAAACACCAAGAGCCAGAAGACAAAACAUUUAAAAUAUCGAAGAAAGACCGUUUUCUAUUGUAUGUUUUUAAUAUGAUUGAAGAAGAAGAAGAAGAGAUUAUUUGUGUGUCUCUAAUCAGUUUUGGCGCCAUCUGCUGUCAACUCGUGGUAUUGCAUUAAAACAUGGUUUCAUCUCAUGUU